AUGAUUGAUGUCAAAAUCGCAACUGAGACGCGACCGUCACCAGACUGGUCUCAGCACACCCUUCGGUGGCGACCAUGGCGACAGCGCAUUACUGAUUUUACCGUUAUAAUUGAGGCGACUUAUCAGGGCAACGGGACACGCAGAGAUCCUUACAUAGUGACCUGGCUGGAAAACGAUCCUGAAGACCCCAUGACCUACUCCACAUGGUUCAAGAUCGCCAACUUAAUCACCUGUGGACUCAUGUGCUUGUGUAUCACCCUGGCAUCCUCUGCUUACACGGGAAUUGCUGAGCUGGUGAUGCAAGAAUUCAGUUGCAGCCAAGAACUGUUUCUGGCUGGGUUGAGUCUUAUGCUUGUGGGAUUUGCGCUCGGCCCUUGUUUGUUCGGUCCUCUAAGUGAGAGUCUUGGACGAAGAAAUGUUGUCUUGUCAACUCUAGCAAUUCACACCAUGUGGGCAGGCCUGUGUUGUGCGGCACAGAAUAUCCAAACUAUGCUUGUGUUUCGCCUGUUUUGUGGUAUUUUUGGAUCUCCCGCAAUUGUUAUCCCUGCUGGUCAACUGGCAGAUAUUUUUGGACCCAAAGAGCGCGGCCUCGCUAUGACAGUCUUCGCCGCGGCGCCAUGGUUAGGCCCAACGAUCGGCCCAAGCAUAGGAGGGUAUUUAGGACUAGCCGCGGGCUGGCGGUGGGUUAUGGGGUUUCUCGCACUGUUCGCAGGAAUAUUGUGCAUCCUUGGCUUCAGCUUCGUGCCAGAAACAUAUGCUCCCGUUUUGCUUCGAAAAAGAGCGAUGCUCAUGUCCAAAGUCACAGGUAAGGUAUAUAUGACAGCGAUGGAUGUUGAUCAUCCUCAAACAUUUCGAGAUCUUCUUCAGCGGUCAAUGGUGAGGCCAUGGGCACUGUUAUACAGGGAGCCGAUCGUAUUACUUCUCUCGUUGUACAUGGCAGUCGUAUAUGCCUUUUUGAACCUCAAUUUUGCCGCAUAUCCUAUCGUAUAUCAGAAAGGGUACGGCUGGAGUGCCGGCAAAGGUGGCCUUGCAUUUUAUGGGAUUCUAGUGGGCAUCCUGAUUGGCAUAUGCCUCAUGUAUUUCGAUCAUAGGCGCUACAUUCGCCUUUACUGUGCUACAGGGGGGUUUGUGCCACCAGAGGAACGACUGCCAGCAGCUAUAAUUGGUGGCGCCGUUGCUCUCACAGGCCUGGCAUGGUUUGCGGGGACUGCCGACCCCAAGUACCAUUUCCUUAUCCCUAUCUCCUCCGGGAUUCCAUUCGGAAUUGGUUUCAUUAUGCUUUUCCAAGCUUGUUUCAAUUAUCUCGUCGACUCGUACGUGAUAUAUACGGCCAGUAUGGUUGCUGCUAACAUCGUCUUGCGGGCCACACUCGCGGCCAUCUUCCCCCUCUUCACUCCAAAGAUGUAUCAAAACCUCGGGGUUCACUGGGCCUCUGCAGUCCCAGCAUUCAUUGCGCUGGCAUGUUUCCCCUUUCCUAUACUUUUUUGGAAGUAUGGUGAGCGGCUGAGGAGAAAGUGCAAGUAUUCAGCAGAAGCAGCAAGAUAUCUCGAUGCACUGAAGAGUAAUACAGAGAAGCCAGUGCGAGCAGAAGCGCCGAUGAGAGCAGGUUCGGAGGCCCCCUCAGGUAGAGGAGUCAUCCGGGGAUGCGAAGUAGAGGUAAUCACAAGCGAAACCCCGAGAUAG